GGAGAGGGAGGGAGAAUGACCUGUGGGAUAAGGCAGUAACUCUAGUGGGGCUGCUGGAUGCACAUCUCGUAUAGUCACUCUCUUCAUAGGAAUAACACUGUGUAACUCGGGGAGAGAGUGGAUACACUACUACCUCCUCUUCCACAAUUUCCAUGCAUGAACAGACAUUGACAGGAGGAAACACUUGACAGCCUUGAAGACUGAGAUUUCCAGGACUAUCAGGAGUUCAGAGGAAAUAAAUUACUGCAGUGGAAUCUCAGCCAGGGAGGAGCUCAUCGCCCCCCCCUUCUCUUGGGAUCCCCCUUUUAUCCUGACAUUCAGCUUGUUUUCCUCUAUUAAAGUGAAAGGAAGAAUUCAGGGAACAUUGGAAGGGAGAAGAGCAUGGAGUUGAACCCCAUCCCUGUUGUCACAGUGCAGACUGUCCCCUAUGAUGAUCAGAAACCUGGGAGCAAUGGAUUUAGGAAGCCGACAGCUGUGUUUGAAAGCAGGAAGAACUAUCUGCAGAACUUUAUCCAGAGUGUUCUGUCUUCCAUAGAUCUGCGGGACCGCCAGGGAUGUACUAUGGUGGUGGGCAGUGAUGGCAGGUACUUCGGCAAGACAGCCACUGAGGUCAUUGUACAGAUGGCAGCUGCCAAUGGGAUUGGUCGCCUGGUUAUUGGUCAGAAUGGAUUGCUAUCCACUCCUGCUGUCUCCUGCAUCAUUAGAAAAAUUAAGGCAAUUGGAGGAAUUGUUUUAACAGCUAGCCACAACCCAGGAGGACCCGGUGGAGAUUUUGGAAUCAAGUUUAAUGUUGCCAAUGGAGGUCCUGCUCCAGAUGCUGUUACAGAUAAGAUUUAUCAGAUCAGUAAAACCAUUGAGGAAUAUGCCAUUUGUCCAGAACUGCAGAUUGACCUUUCAAGAGUUGGGAGACAGGAAUUUGACUUGGAGAAUAAGUUCAAGCCAUUUAGAGUUGAAGUGGUGGAUUCAGUGGAAGUAUACCUCAAUUUGCUCAGAACAAUUUUUGACUUUAAUUCUAUUAAGAGUUUGCUUGCUGGUCCCAGUCAGCUGAAAAUAAGGAUUGAUGCAAUGCAUGGAGUCAUGGGUCCUUAUGUCCGAAGAAUUCUUUGUGAUGAGUUGGGAGCACCUGCUAAUUCUGCGGUUAAUUGUGUCCCCUUGGAAGACUUUGGUGGGCAAUAUCCUGAUCCCAACUUAACAUAUGCCAGUGGUCUUUUGGAGGCCAUGAAAGCAGGGGAACAUGGCUUUGGAGCUGCAUUUGAUGCUGAUGGAGACAGGUACAUGAUUUUAGGACAAAAUGGCUUUUUUGUGAACCCUUCUGAUUCCUUGGCAAUUAUUGCAGCCAACCUCUCCUGUGUGCCUUACUUUCGACAAAUGGGUGUACGUGGUUUUGGGAGGAGUAUGCCUACAAGUUCAGCUAUAGACAAGGUUGCAAAAGCAAUGAAAGUUCCUGUGUAUGAAACUCCAACUGGCUGGAAAUAUUUUGCAAACCUAAUGGAUUCUGGGCGCUGUUCAUUGUGUGGAGAAGAAAGUUUUGGGACAGGUUCCGAUCAUCUCAGAGAAAAGGAUGGGCUUUGGGCUGUUUUAGUCUGGCUUUCAAUAAUGGCUGCACGUAAGCAGGGUGUAGAAGAGAUUGUGCAAGAUCACUGGACAAGGUUUGGACGCCACUAUUAUUGCAGAUUUGACUAUGAUGGCCUUGAACCCAGGACUGCUUUCUUCAUAAUGAAGGAUCUGGAGUCUACAAUAACUGAAAAGGCAUUUACUACUCAGCAGUUUGCAGUUGGAAGCCACAUGUACAGUGUAGAGAAAACAGAUAGUUUUGAAUAUGUGGACCCUGUAGAUGGAACUGUGACAAAGAAACAGGGUCUCAGGAUUAUAUUUGCAAAUGGAGCAAGGAUCAUUUUUAGACUUAGCGCCUCAGGUUAUGUGGGAACAACUCUAAGAAUCUAUGCAGAAAGCUAUGAAAAGGAUCCAAGCAGACAAAACAAAGAGCCUCAGGCUGUACUGGGCCCUCUCAUAGCCAUUGCUUUGAAGCUUUCCCAGAUACAUGAAAGGAGCGGACGAAAAGGACCCACUGUCAUCACUUGAAUCUUCCCUUCACCAACCACUAUGGGCCAAAAAGUAUGCGAAAGAAGAGCGAUUUAUUCAUCUUUCAUUUAUUGCCUUCAUUUUGCUGUAUAUGCUUUUCUCCUCCAAAGCUAUGUUUUUGUGUUUGUCGCAUACAAUAUUACAGUUUGAUAAAAAAAAAAAGAGUUUGGUAUUUUAUCUCCGACAUCAGAAUUUAUUAUGGUUUAGUCACAUCUUUAGCUUAUUAAACUGGUGAAAAUGAUCAUGAGUAUUAAAGCAACCGCACAUGCCUUGUCCUUAUUGUUUUUACAUUAAGAGUGAUUGUUUUGUAUUAUAUAGUAUUCUCAACACAAUAGCUAUUUUUUACAAUUUUUUUGGGGUUGAAAAGUUUGUAACUGUGAGAAUGAUGGAAAAGGAGGAGGCCUUUACUUUUCACUACAACCAUGUCAUUGGCAGUAGAUGUUCCAAGCACCCGAGCUGAAAUAGAGGUGGCCAUUAGCACAGUAGAGAAAGAUGUGAUCUGGCAACCAGUCAGCAGGUACUAGUAUGUAACAAGGAGGAUGUAAUAGGAAACAAAUGUAAAAAAAAAUAAAAGUAACAACUAAAAACUGACUGGUUGCUACGGUCAAUACCACUAGUUUUAUUUGCACAAGAUAGGAUUGACCAAUUUAGUGACCUAGGAUAUGAAAUUGGUUUACCACUGAUAAAAGGUGUUCUUCAAUGUACUGUAUAUACUUUACAAGUGGUAUAUUCCCGUUCUGAGUGCAGUGAAAUGAGGUUUUGGCCAUGAUUUACAGCAGUACUUGUACUUGAGUAGUUAAAUGAGCACUCUCAUAAAAAAAAAUGUUUUGCUGUUGCACUCCUUAUGGUAAAUAAAAAAUAUUUCUAAUUUACUUU